AUGCGUAGAAACCAAACUUUUCGCACAACUGUGUGGGAUCCAAUUCUCAUCAUUUCACAGAUCAUAGCUCUUCAGACCUUGUAUUAUACCUCAAUUUCUAUCAUCACGCUCUUCACACUUUUAAUUACGGGUUAUGAUAUAACGUUAGAUUACUUAUUAGAUUAUCAAGAGUUCAGAGCUGAUACUGUGUUGGGAUGGACAAUAGGUUUUGCAUGGAUAGCAAAUUCUGUCGUAGGAAUUUAUCUCCUAGUACGGCUUGUCCAACGUGCAAGGCUUGUCCUUGAUUUUAGUUUGACCCUUCAUUUCUUUCAUCUACUGAUCACGAGUUACUAUUCUGGUCGAUUACCUACAACUUUCAUGGAACCUAUCUUAUUAAAUGAGGACUCUGGUGAGAGCAGCAGUACAGCUGGUGCUAGUAAUAUUACUAAAACGAAAAUAAGCACUGAUGUUGAUCGCGAUAGAUAUGAGAUGGUACCAAUGGAAGAAAUAGAGUCUGGAGGAUAA